AUGACGUCCGGCAUGGUGUUCGGCUGGGGAGGCCUGAGAGACGUAUGGCGCAUCCCGGCCUACGUCCGCGAGGUCAACGCCGAUCCAAGAGAGCUUCGCGCGCUCGAGGACCUCCAAAGGACACGUUCCCGCCCCGAGUUCAAUCCCUCGCACGUCAGCGCCAUGACCUCGCUCGGGUUCUGGUACUACUACCUCGUCGGCGCCCUCGCGUCGUGGAUCCUACCCGCGCCCGCGAUGCCACUCGCGUACGCGUGCGCCGCGUGGGCGAUGGGCACCGCCGGUUGGGCCGUCAUGAGCUGCGGCCGCAGGGUCGCGUGCCGUUACUGGAUCACGACGGGAUCAACCGUCGUCGCCGCGGUAGCCGCGUCGUACGUCCCGUCGAUGCCGACGGUCCUCGCCGCGCAGGCCGUCUGCGCCGUCGCCGCGACGACCACGCGUCGCUGGCGCCGGGACGGCGUGUUCGGAAAGGAAGACAGGCCCAUAACCUUCCGCGCGGCGUCGCUGGUCCUUUUGGCGCUGCUCGCGCUCGCCGCGCUCAGCGGCGUCGCGAUGUACAAAUGGGCGAUCGACCUGGACGUGUACUCGCCCGAUCCGGAGACUGGGGAGUGGAGGAUGGACGGCGAGGAGUUCGCGUUCAGGCUCAGACGCGGCGUGCACAGCACGUGGACCAAACGCGGGUUCGCCGGCUUCGGCGACCUCGAUCACUUCAACUCCGGGAUCACCGCCGCCGAGGCCAGGGCGCUUCUGUCGCUCGACCGCGGCGCCUCCGCCGAGGACGUCAGGGCGGCGUUCCGUCGCGAGUCGCUCAGGUGGCACCCGGAUAAGUACCGCGGCGAUGAUCCCGAGGGCGCGCGAGAGAUGCAACACAAACUGGCGAUGGCGAGAGACGCGUUGCUCCCGGGGCGGGUCGCGUUUGACGAAGAUUUGGCGCCGUUUGUUCGGUACACGGAGUAUACAGAGGUGGAGGUUCCGGACGAGCGCGAGGGGUGGGGGGAAAGUGGCGAGGGCGCUCGGACCCGCGAGCCCGAGCCCGCACGCGAGCCCGAGCCCACACCCGAGCCCGAGCCCGAGCCCGAGCCCGAGAAGGUCAAGUACUAUCGCGAGGAGGAGCCCGACGACGACGACGGCGGCGAGUACGACCCCAAGAUGCUGGAGGAGGAACUCCGGCGGGCGUUCGCCACGUACGACAGGGACGAGGACGGUAAGAUGGCGCGCGGCGAGUUCAGGUUCGCCAUGUCCAAAGCCGGGCUGCGAUACACCAACGACGAGUUUGAAAAAGUCUGGUCCACGGAAUUCAACGGAAAGCCGAGUUUGGACUUUGACGACUUUGCGCGGUUCGUCGCGAAGCACGACGUCGAGCCGCCCGCUGGCCCGGAACAUGCGGGAGGGCACGACGCGACCGAGCUGUGA